GCAAAGCCACCCAUGCUUAUCUCUGGCCCCUUCUACGAACCCCCAACCCCACACCACCGCCUCCUCCCUCCCAUCCCCUGCAACCACACCUACCCUGCCACUGGUCUUCCUCCUCGCUAUGGAUUAAUGAUUGAAUCCUAACUCCUUUACUGCGUUCAAUUUAAUCGAUCGAUUCAUUUGUGUCUCUUGCCCCUUUUUGUUUUUCCCCUUUAAUCUCUCAAGUGGUUCGAUGGUUACACUUUAAUCUCAAACAGACCUCUAGUGAAGCAUCUCAAGCUUCGUGCUGACCACAGGAGUUUUUCUGAGAAGGGUGAAAGAAAAUAACUAUUGAAAAAAGGCCAAGGCCAACCACGAUGCGAGAUAGAGAAAGUGUUUUCGUUCUCUCUCCUACAAUCCUUUAAAUAUUGAUAACUCAACACAGGGGUCUGGGUGAGCAGAAAGGACUCUUGGCUCUGUACAGAGGAAAUCUGAAAAAGAAAUGAAGGUGUUGGUCACCGGAGCAACUGGUUACCUGGGGGAGAAACUGUGCAGGAGACUACUGAAGGAAGGUCACGCUGUGAGGGCGUUCGUACGGCCGACCAGCGACCUCUCCUCCCUUCCUCCUCAUGGCCAAGAUGGAGGCCAAGGAGGAGCCCUUGAGCUUGCUUAUGGCCAUGUCAACGACUACCCAGCUCUGCUCAGGGCCUUCGCAGGCUGCGAAGUUGUCUUUCACGUUGCUGCCCUAGUUGAACCAUGGCUCCCGGACCCUUCAAAAUUCUUCUCUGUCAAUGUUGGUGGUCUCAAGAAUGUACUGCAAGCAUGUAGGGAGACGGCGACAGUUGAGAAGAUCAUUUACACUUCAUCCUUCUUCGCUCUUGGCCCCACGGAUGGUUUCAUCGCCGAUGAGACCCAAAUUCAUCCCGAGAAGUUCUUCUGUACCCAGUAUGAGAAAUCGAAGCUCCUCGCCGAUAAGAUCGCUUUACAAGCUGCAGCAGACGGGUUGCCCAUUGUGGUCGUUUACCCUGGUGUUAUUUAUGGGCCUGGCAAGGUCACUGCUGGAAAUGUCAUGGCCCGCAUGAUGAUUGAGCGUUUUAAUGGGCGCUUACCUGGCUAUGUGGGCUCUGGGAAGGACAAAUUCUCAUUUAGCCAUGUUGAGGAUGUGGUUAACGGACACAUAGCUGCAAUGCACAAAGGUAGACUGGGUGAGAGAUACCUUCUUACAGGAGAAAAUGCCUCUUUUGUGCAUGUUUUUGAUGUCGCUGCUAUCGUCACCAGUACACGAAGGCCUUGGUUUCAUAUCCCUAUGUGGAUGGUGGAGGCUUAUGGAUGGGUGUCGAUCCUGCUUUCUCGAAUCACUGGAAAGCUACCUCUAAUCAGCCCUCCAACAGUCUAUACUUUGAGACAUCAGUGGGCAUAUUCUUGUGAGAAGGCAAAAGUGGAGCUGGGUUAUAACCCUAGAAGCUUGAAAGAGGGUCUUGAAGAGGUACUUUCAUUGCUGAAGAGCUCGGGCUUGAUAACAUACUGAGAGAGACUUCCAAAUCUUCAAUUGUUCACCAUCAAACAUCAAUUGAAGGGUUGAUACUUUGUCUGCUACUUACUCUGCAACUUCAAGUAGCAUGUCUUUCAUUCCCUGAAUUCUUCAAUCCUUGAAAAGUAUUUGCUUCACAAUUCUCUCUCUCUCUCUCUUGUGGCCACACAUGCACCUUUGCUAAUGUGUGUAUAUAUAUAAAUAAAUGCAUGGUUAUGGUUUUUCUGAUUGAUUGAUUUCAUUGCAAGGCAUAGUUAUCAAUAGGUGCUGAGAAAUCUUCAUUGAUACUGGAAAGAUUAGGUUGGAGUUCAUUAUCUUUCAAUUUGUCUGAUGUGAGGUUGUAUUCAUGCAUCUUGCUCAUUGUAAAUAAACCAUUCACAAUAUAGGUUCCAAAUGCUUACAGACUUGGGGAACAAAGUAAAUGUAAGGUUUGCAGAGAAGGAGAAGGAAGAUUUUUCCAAGGAAGAGCACUAGUUCGUGGCCACAGCAGCACAAUCGUCAGUAAUCCAAAAAGCCUAAUGUUUACAAUUUGAGAAAGGAUUAUAAACAUACUAGAUUUGUAUUGUUUUCCAUGGAUUCUCAUUCAAAUCAAGAGAAUCCACAUUACAUUGAAUUAUUGCAGAUGCUAUAAUUCCUUAUGCUGCAAGUUGCCUACCAUUUUUGUUUUGGCAAAGACUCAUUGAUCAAUACAUAAAUAUAUUCAUCUCUGUUUGAGUUCUAACAA